ACCAAACCAAUGCUCUUUGACGUUAAUGAGAGUCUUCUAUUACUGAUUUCAGUGGGCAUUUGACUGGGCCUUUAGUUCUGCCUAUUCAUUAGGUACAUAGGUCAGAGCUAGAGUUUUGGUUCAAAUCCACUUUUUGUUUCCUCAGAGAAAGUAUAUAUUUAAACAUUAAAAACCAGCUUCUGCAAAAUAUUACUUGUUUAAGAUCUACUAUCCCUUUACUGCAUUCAUAUUAGACUAUGCAAAAGAAUUUAAGGAUGCAGAAGGUUAUGCUUGAGUUGCCUUGGCAGAAUAGACUGCAUAGCCCCUGCUUUAUCCUCUGAAUCACUCCAGUCAAUUCCAUCAUUAUUCUGUGUUAAUUCAUACUGAAAAAAUCCAUUCUCAGUGUGUCCUCAGUUAAUGUGGUAUCUUGUGUAAAGGAAAUAAAUAAUUAUUUUUUCAACUCUUUGGGGAAAGUAUCACUUUAGAAAACAACCUGUCAUUUAAAAUUAUUUUUUUUAAUUUAUGUCUGCUGUUUGGAUUUAAUUACAAUUUUAAACAUGUGCCGUGCUAAGUAAUAAAUACAGCAAUAUAGCCACAUUCUAUUUCAAAUUAAAAUGCAUAAACUUAAUGACUCUUCUGCUAAGACCAAUUAAUCAUGAAUUCUUUCUAGUCUUUAUAAGGGCAACACUUAAUCAAGCAUACAAAUUACUAGUGUCCGUCCUUCAGAGAAAUGAACUGUGUUAAAAUUCAAGCAAACAUUUUCCAACUGUUCAUACAAAGGGUUGCAUAAGACAGUCAUUGUGUUGCCACAAAACUUUCCCCAUGAUUUGCUGCUGAUCAGCAUAUACUUCACCUCUUUUCCUCCAAUUAAAAAUAGCAAAGAGAAAAGCUUUCCAGCACUAACAGAUCCACGUGUCUCCUCAUAGAUGUGGAAAGUCACAUGUUUCAGGAAUGGCCAGAUACCCCACUCUGGUACAAUAUAAAAGCAAUGUUAGUCAUUGUCUCUCAUUUUUAAUAGCUCUCCUUUCAUGGUUCUAAUUUUGCCAUUAGGAACUAAACAUUACAGGAACUUUCCUUUUAGUAUAGUGUAACCGAUAAAGAUGGAUCUCCUUCAUAGUAAUGGUGUGCUUAUAAUUCAGCAUUUACAGAAGAAUUACAGGUCUUACCAGGACUUUCUAAAUUUCAUGUCACAAGUAGGAGAUCCCCGGAAUAUAUUUUUAAUUUAUUUUCCUCUUUGGUUCCAACUUAACCAAGUGGUUGGUACUAAAAUGAUAUGGGUGGCAGUCAUUGGAGAUUGGUUCAACCUCAUAUUUAAAUGGAUUUUAUUUGGCCAUCGUCCAUAUUGGUGGGUCCAAGAAACAAUGAUCUAUCCCAAUCAAUCGAGUCCAUGUCUUGAACAAUUUCCUAUAACAUGUGAAACUGGGCCAGGAAGCCCAUCUGGCCACGCCAUGGGCUCUUCUUGUGUUUGGUAUGUAAUGGUAACAGCAGCACUUAGCUACACAAUGAGGUGGAAAGAUGAAUCUGCAAUUACACUGCAUAGACUUACCUGGUCAUUCCUCUGGAGUGUGUUUUGGAUUAUUCAGAUCAGUGUGUGUGUCUCUAGAGUAUUCAUAGCCACACAUUUCCCACAUCAAGUUAUUCUUGGAGUAAUUGGUGGAAUGCUUGUUGCUGAAGCAUUUGAACAUACCCCUGCUAUCCAGACAGCGAGUUUGAGAACGUACAUCAAGACAAAUUUGUUUCUAUUCAUCUUUGCUCUCGGCUUUUACCUGCUUCUCAAACUUAUUGAUGUUGAUCUUCUAUGGUCCGUUCCAAAGGCAAAGAAAUGGUGUGCCAAUCCAGACUGGAUAAACAUUGACACAACUCCAUUCGCUGGACUGGUGAGAAAUUUAGGUGCACUCUUUGGGUUAGGUCUUGGCAUUAAUUCUGAAAUGUUCAUCAUGAGCUGUAAAGGUACAAAUGGAUAUAAGACGAGUUUUAGAUUACUGUGCAUAGCUGCUUCUUUAGCUACCUUGCAGCUGUUUGAUUUUAUCAAGUUACCCACACAUACUGAGUAUUUGUUUUAUGUUCUUUCUUUUUGUAAAAGUGCAGCCAUACCUCUUACUGUAGUUGCCUUGAUUCCAUACUGCAUACACUUGUUAAUGAGGCCAACUGAAAAGAAGUUAAAUUAGAUGAACUUUCAAAAUAGUCUGAAAAAAUGUGGGCACAUUUAGAUACAAAUGGUGUUCUGUGACUCACUACAAAGGUAAUUAUUUUGGUACUCCAUUCUGAACAGUGGUGGGUGUCACUGUGUGUUUGAUGUGCUCCCGGUAAAUCCCAUGCCCAAAGGCAGUACAUCCAGGAAUGACACUGUCAUGUCAGAACCACUGAUUGGCUUGCAUUUUGAAUUCAUUCCCAGAAGUACUGCAAGGAUUGACAAUGCAGUAUGGCUGUCUAACACCACUGCGGGUAUACACAUGUUUUGAUGCGUGUUGGGAUUAGCCACAGCUUGUAGAUUUUCUAGUUCUUGUACACUUUCAAUUGGAUGGUGCUUCAUCUCCCAUAUCAUCAUUCCACUUUCCAUUUUAUAUAUAUAUAAAUGCUGCAUGUUAAUCUGCUGGAAAAUUAGGUGUGAUAAAAUCACACUAACAACCACAUGAACACAGCCAUGUAGUGUGGUGAAGUUCUGCAUAGUUUGCCAGACUUUAGAUUUAACUUAAGUGUUUUCUGAGUGAAGCAUCUUCUGACUGAGUCAGGAAAGAAGAAGAAAAUAUUUUUAAAAAGAUUAGUCUGAAAUAAUGUAAUUUCAGUCCACUUGAUUCUAUUUCUAGGGCUAUUGACAGAGCAAAUAACUUUGUAUCGAUAUGUUGCUUUUUGUAUUUUUCUUUCAAAAAUAACUAAAUGCAAAAUCUUGAAAUGAAGACAUUAAAUUCUAUUUACUAUACAUUUAACUUUGUGGAAAUUCAUGAACAUAGUGAAUGAGCGGAGGGAUAGCUCAGUGGUUUGAGCAUUGGCCUGCUAAACUCAGAUUUGUGAGUUCAAUCCUU